AUGAAAUGGGGGAGAAAGACACCUUCACCACCUUCAUUUGGUAGCUCAGUCAUCACUCGAGUAUUCCCAGGUUCUUGGUUUUCUAAGUUCAAACAGACAAGCGGCGGUCUCGACUCUGUUUCAGGGAAGAAGCAACAGAGAGGGAAGCUAGAUUUUUCGACUGUGAAUUCGUCGUUGCCUGCUGGCUGCAGACAAGGCAGAUUCUACAGGUUGGAUGAUGACGCGUACUGGACACUCUCGUUCCGCAAAGACAGAGGAGGAGGUGAAGGCAAGAGGAGGAACAGCAGAAUCAACCCUCUCUGGUAUGAUUCUGAUGAGGAAUUUCUUGUUGCAGUGUCCAGUUUGAGUCCAAGAAGAGGAUUGGAGACCAUCCCCGAAAUAGACACGAACGAGAUGAAACAAGAGCGAUGCAAUGGCAGCGUUCUUCGUCAGAAGAAACGUGAUCAACUCAAGAAAGACAACACAAAUGUUCGACGCUCAAGAAAAUUGAGAGGCAGAGUUGAGAGGAAGAAGCAAGCAGAACUCGGAACAGGGCUUCAUCAAGGAGAAAAAGAGUCAUCAAAUCCGGAGGAAGAACAAGAACCAACACAGCUGCAGAAAACAGAUCAAGUGAAAGAGGAGUCUUAUGAUUCAGCAGUUUCUAAUUCAAGAAACCAUCAAAAUAUCUUCUUCCAGAGUUCUGAUGGUGAAGAUUACCAGGAUGGCAAGGAGAGUGCUGCUACUUCUGAGAGAGUAUCAGCUUUCAAUUGCCAAAAUCUGGAAAACAUGAAAAUUGAGGAAUUUAAGGUGAAAACUGAGGAGUUUCAGAAAGAGUCUGCAUACAUAAGCAGGAGAUUUCGUUGCAGAAAAGUAAAGCAGAACCGGAGGAAAGCUCGUGGCUCGAGAUUGAAGAAGAAAGAGAGGGAAGAGGAAGCAACAGAGAGCUCCACCAUCUACAACAGUUUCGCAGUGGUGAAGAGUUCCUUCAAUCCACAGCAGGACUUCAGAGAUUCGAUGGUGGAGAUGAUCGAGGAAAAGGGAAUAAGGCGUCGCGAAGAGCUCCAAGAACUAUUGGCGUGCUAUCUGACACUGAAUAGCGAUGGACACCAUGAUCUCAUCAUCAAUGUCUUCCAGCAGGUAUGGUUUGAGCUGAGUUGCAUUGAAGAAUGA